AUGUCGUUAACGAAUUGUCGGUUCUAUGAGGAGAAGUAUCCGGAGAUUGAUAGUUUUGUGAUGGUGACUGUGAAGCAGAUCGCAGAGAUGGGAGCUUACGUCAAAUUACUCGAAUACGACAACAUUGAUGGCAUGAUUCUGCUGUCUGAAUUGUCUAGACGUCGUAUCAGAAGUAUACAAAAGCUUAUUCGCGUUGGAAGAAACGAGGUCGUCGUGGUUCUCCGUGUAGACAAAGAGAAAGGAUAUAUUGACUUGUCGAAACGUCGGGUAUCCGCCGAGGAUAUUGUCAAGUGUGAAGAGCGAUACAAUAAGAGCAAGUCGGUUCAUUCGAUCAUGCGACACGUUGCCGAGAAAACACGGACGCCGAUAGAAACUCUCUACCAACAGAUCGGAUGGCCCCUGAAUAAGAAAUACGGCCAUGCCAAUGAUGCUUUCAAGCUUUCGAUCACAAAUCCAAGCGUGUGGAGCGACGUGACCUUCCCUAGCCAAGCGGUCAAAGAUGAGCUCCUCUUGCACAUCAGCAAGAGACUCACGCCUCAGCCCACCAAGGUCCGCGCGGAUAUCGAAGUUACAUGUUUUAGCUACGAAGGAAUCGACGCCGUCAAGGACGCCUUGCGCACCGCCGAGGCCAACAACACCACAGAUACUCAAGUCAAGGUUAAACUGGUAUCUCCCCCGUUAUAUGUUUUGACCAACCACUGCUUGGACAAGAACCUUGGAAUCAAAACAUUAGAGGAUGCAAUCAAGAGCAUCAGUGAAAAGAUUCGGGCGUCUGGUGGCUCUUGCACGGUCCAAAUGGCUCCCAAGGCGGUCACUGAAGAAGACGAGGCCAACCUCCAGGCCCUUAUGGAAAAGAAAGAACGUGAAAACCAGGAAGUCAGUGGUGAUGAGAGUGUCAGCGAGAGUGAUGAUGCAAUGGUCGAAUAA